AUAUUAUUCAAUUUAAAUUAAUAAACAUCAUAUUUUAUUAUUAACUGCUUUUCUGCUAGUAAAUGUGUAUAUUGUGUUUUUAUGUUCAAAGACAUCUUAAAUGGAAAUAAAAUGAAGAAGAUGGCAUUAGAAGACAGGUUAAUUAUAAGAUAUGGUUGUAAUAAUGUCCUUUAAUACCAUCUUUUUUACUUUAUUAACUUUUUUUUGCAGCACAUAGAAGUGGGGAUGUAUUAUCUAGAACGCAAGCGAGUGCACUACAAGUUGAGGCAGAAAUACACAACAACAGGACCUUUUUUCAUGGAACUGCUCAAGAGGGAACAUGAUAUGAUUUUAGACAGAAAGACAACACUGAAAGACGCAGCAGAGAAGGGGAAUAUCUGCGAAUACAUUCUGGGGACUUCAACAAGCUACUCGCUGCACUGGGCAGGUGCUGACUUCGUCUAUAUCCCUUUGAACACUGGGUGUCAUUGGGUGUUGUUGGUCUAUGAAGUAAAGGCAAGGAAGAUGAAAGUCUACAACUCGAACAAGAGAAGAGGUGAAUCCCUACGUGACAUCGUCGCAUACAAAACUUGCAUUCAAAAUAUGCUACCCAAAGUUCUAGAUUACCACACUGUCUAUGAAGCUAUGGAAGAAGAACCAAUGGGAGUGAGACAAAUUUCUAUUGAAAAUGCUGAAGAUUGCCCACAACAGGACACAGCGGGAAAUUGUGGAAUGUUUCUUCUCAAAAUUGCAGAGUUCCUAAUGAUGAAUAUGGACCUCAACGAACUGAAUGCUGCAAUGAUGUAUAUGUUUCGAAAGAAAAUGACUUUGGAGUUGAUUCAAUACAGCAGCAAAAGGCAGAACAAGAUACAGGAGAAAUAGAGCAAAAGGCAGACCAAGGAUGUCUUUAAUGAAAUAUGUGUUGAGUGAAUGAGAUUAAACAGACAUGUAGUUGGGUUUGAAUGUUUCCAUUCUU